AUGACCGUUUGUACCAGAAAUCAAGAUAAUAAGAUACUGGAAGAGUGCCACCAAUGGGUUCGAUUAUUUUUGAGGAAUUUCGGCCCUGAUGACAUAUUUUUCGACGCUGAAAUUGAGUAUAGUGAUGGAAGUUUGAAAUGGGAUGAGCAUGGUACGAUGCUUUAUUAUAAUGUGCUCAAAAAACACGGAACACGUCCAAUUAGUGUCUAUCAGGACUCAUGGCCAAUUCAUGCGGAACAAGGUCGGAUUGGAGACUGUUGGUUGAUUGCUCCGUUGAUGACUAUCGCGAGAAAACGGAAACUUCUGGAAUGGAUCAUUCCGCAGAAUGAUUUCUCAUUGAAACAUGGGAUAUUUUUGGUUAGAUUGUUCAUCAAAGGUGAAUGGACGAUCGUCGUUGUGGACGGUCAUUUUCCUUGUACCAAGUCAGGUCGUUCUCAAUUUGCAAUAUUAACUUCUUCGGAGUUGUGGUCGUGUCUGAUAGAAAAAGCGAUUGCGAAAAUGUUGGGUGGAUAUCACAUGUUGAACGGAGGUCAUAUGUGUUCUGCAUUCCAAUGGUUAACCGGUGCCAGUUGUCUAACUAUCAAUUUGAACAUAGAGACUAAUCUGGAGAUGUUAUGGGAAAAGUUGAAAGAAUUUCAAUCGCUGGGGUACCUGAUGGUAACUUCUACUUUGCCUAAUGUAGAGACCAAAUAUGUUUCUCAAAAUGGUCUUGGUACUCAUCAUGCGUACUCUGUAUUCGAAACAUGUGUACAUGAAGGUCAUCGAUUGGUUUUAAUUGGUGGCACGAAUGGUCUCAAAUGGAAAGGGAAAUGGUCAGAGUUGCCUCCUUAUAAUGAUGACGUCACAGAAAAAUGGGCUGAAUGGAUGAAAAAAGCGAUUGUCGGAUUGGUCAACAUCCACAAAGCGACGAGUGACAAUAAGAUUGGGGAGAUUGUGAUUUCGAGCAGUUUAGAGUUGUACUGGUGUCCACUGAAAGCACAGUACAGAGCAGUGGAAACUGAUCCAUUCGAGUUGGCCGAUGGUGUCUACUUUGUUGUUAUCACUGUUUUUUACAAUCGUUACCUAUUGGAAUAUAGCUGGAUAAUUCGGAGCGCCAUUCCAACUGAUCACAUCUCAUGUGACACUGUAACUUUUGAGAAUGACGUGGUAUCUCAUCUAUCGCUUUUGAAAAUGGUAGAAACAUUUGGAAAAUCUGGGAUUCAGUAUCGAAAAGGGUUGUUCCUUCAAAAGUACUCUAGGAAUAACUUUUUGACAAUGAAAGCUGAAAAUCAAACCGAAAAACCGAUUGAUAUUAUAAUUUUUGUAAAAAGUAAAGCUCCGCAAUACGAUGCAUACGGAAUAGUUUCGGAACCGUUCUGGAACAAAUACAUAACUUUACCAAAACCAUACGUCAUCUACACUACGAUCCCGCCAAAAUCAAAAUGUAUACUUGGAAACGUAUGGAAGAUUCCCGAACCGAUUGAAUUGAAAAGCGGCGUUGUGGAGUCUGAAAUGAGUUACAAGUACUGGAUCAGGAUUCUGGAAGAAGAGAUCAAAAGUGGAAGAGCGAAGGAGAUGAGAUAUGCAAAGUGUUCAGGAAUUUACAAAGCAGUUUCUAUAAAUUGA